UUCGCCGCAACCAACCCUUUUUUUACCUCUCUCUUUUUUAUCGGCCCUCAGUCAUCCGACCAUCAUCACCUUCACAUCGCGAUUCUUCUAUAAUCUAUCUGCUAUCCCAAUACCAUCAUUGCAGAUUGCCAACAUGUCUGACGAGACGGUCGCGCAACCUGCCGCCGCGCAGUCUCAAGAUGCUUCUUCCAAUGUAGCUGCGGAAGGCACUACGUCAGAGUCCGUCGCGCCUGUUAGCGACGCGAAGUCAAUUGAGAAAAAACCUGCAAGUGCAGCCGAUGCAGAUACUGAAGAGGCAGCUAAAGAUGAAGAAACUGCCGAUUCUGCCCCAACUACCAAAACCACAGACGAGAAGUCCACUGAUCCUGACGUUGAGAUGCCCGAUAAACCAGCCGAAGAGGCUGACCACCCUACGGCCGAUGACAAGGUUGAUUCAGAGAAAGCCGCGGAGGAGCCUGAAGCGGCCACAGGCACUGCUGAUGGUACAGCAGCUGAGGUGGAAUCGACGACACAAGAGAAAUCUAAAUCGCGUCGCAAGUCUACUGCCGAUUCCAAGAGUAAAAAGUUGAAUAAGAAGGCAUCUAAGGCUAAAAUUCUACACGUCGACGCGCAACCUGGCGAGCAUUACUUUGCUAAGCUGAAGGGUUUCCCCCCAUGGCCUGUUAUCAUCGCCGAGGAAGGUAUGCUACCUGGGACCAUGUUGAGCUCGCGGCCCGUCACAGCUGCUCGUCCUGAUGGUACCUACCGCGAAGAUUUUGCGGAUGGUGGUAAGAGGAUCGCGGACCGAACAUUCCCGGUCAUGUAUCUCCACACCAAUGAAUUCUCUUGGACAACCAACUCCGAUCUCAGCGAACUCGACCCUACAACAGUCGCGAGCAUGAUUACGACUAAGAUGCGCAAGGAUCUACAGAAUGCUCAUUUGUUGGCUGCUGAACAGAACUCUUUAGAUUACUAUAAGGAUGUCCUCCACGAAUUCGAGGAGCAGCGUAUCGCGAAACUAGAAGCUAAGAUGAACAAGUCGAACAAGACACCCAAGAAGGCCAGUAAAGCUGUUGAAGCUGCCGCGGGCGGUGAAGACGAGGACGUCGAAAUGGCCGAUGUCGAAGAAGGUGACGAUGUGGAGCCAGUUGAGAAGAAGCCCAAGUCAAAGAAGCGCAAGGCUGAAGACGAGGCUAGUACUCCCCAACGUUCCGAAUCUGUCAAGAAGCCCAAGAUUAAGAUCACGAACUCGUCCACCCCUAAGGCCACCAAUGGCGUCCAAUCACCCACCACAAAAGAUUCAAAGGCCGUCAAGGUUAAGGCAAAGUCAGGUAAGGGCAGCAAGGACAAAGCCGAGAGUAAGAAGGAGAAGGAACCUCCCAAAGAACCCGAACUCAGCCCCGAAGAGAAGCAUAUGCGUAAGGAGAAAGAAAUUUUAUUCUUGCGUCAUCGACUUCAAAAGGGUCUGCUCCUUCGCGAUCAGGAACCAAAGGAGGAGGAGAUGAAGUCGAUGUCAGAAUUCCUUGCUAAACUCGAAACCUUCCCCGACCUCGAGGUUAGCAUCAUUCGAGCUACCAAGAUCAACAAGGUUCUCAAAGCUAUAUUGAAAUUGGAGACAAUCCCGAAGGAGGAUGAAUUCCAGUUCAAGCCGCGAUCUCAGUCUCUGUUAGACAAGUGGAAUAAGCUUCUUGCUACCGACGGCGGAGCUCCCGCUCCUGCGAAUGGCGUCAACGGUGCUUCUGCUAAGAGCGGAAAGGGAGCAGCUAACGGGGUCAAGGAGGCAUCGGAUCCCGAAAAGGAAGACGGCAAAACUGACACUGUAGGGGAUGACACCAAGGAAAAAGCCGCGGCGGAUCCAGCGAGUGACGAAAAGGCAGACUCAGCGAAGGAUACGAAGAUUUCCGCCGACGAGACGGUAGCAGAGGUCGAAGCUUCAGCAUGAAGUAACAAGCGCUGGACUCGAAACGACAACGAUUUCCUUUGAUAUCUGAAAGUCGGCGGUAACCAGGGGCGUUCAGGGGUAUAAGAAAGGCUACAUUACUCAAGCUUGACCUACCAUUGAAUGAUGGUGGGCCAUGCGUCUGGAUUGUUCGUACAACCUUCGAGUACUUGGACUUGAAGUCAUGUUCGUUCUAUGUAAACUAGGAAGUACUUGUUUUCAGAUCAGAUCAGACAGGUCAUGUGCGGUCCUGGAACAGUCAAUAUUUUGGUCGGGGAAGGGCCUUGGGGCCUCGGAGGGUGAGGGAACAAUGAAAAAGUCAGGCUCCUACUCGGUAUUUGGCACCGUUAAUUAGUUCGUCGGCCGGUAGGGAUGAUGGACGCGGUAUGUCAUUAGUGGUUGUGUUUUUUUUCCAAUUUGGGAGGGCUGUGAUGAAUUGUUUUAAGGAGAUUUUGCAAUAAAAAAAGUUCGUUGCAUUGCCGGAUGAUUGUCUUAUAACUACCUACCUAGUACUGUGGAACUAUAGAAUUAUAUCGUGUA